GCUGGAGGCGCCCUCUGCUUUCCGUGCCUGCAGCAGCAGCAGCAGCAGCAGCAGCGGCCGCUGCCGCCGCCGCGUUGUGGGGGUGUGCGCGCCUCCCGCUCCCUCCCGCCCGCUCCCCAAGCUGUGAGCGAGGGCAGUAAAUCUGGAGCGAGAGACACGGCUCCGCCGCACGUUUCCAGGCGCCGGCUUCCCAGCCGCCGCCUCCACCUCCACCGCUGCUUCUCUUUGUCCGGGGAAAGGAGGGAGGGAGAGAGGGCAGGAAGGAGGGGGAGUUGCUGCUGUUGCUGCUGCGGCACCAGGUGCAUCCUCGGAACCCUCCAUCACCCUGCGCCCCUUCCCCCUGCCUCUGCGUCGCGCGCUCGGAGACCCUUGUCCGGCGGCCGCAGCUUCCUCGGGUGGGCGCUGGCGGACAGCUGGACUGACUGUCUACUGAGGCAAAUUGUCACCAAUGGCAAUAAAACUUGUCUUCUGGUGCAGUGGGUCAGAUGGACUAACUGGCUCUCAUUCUGAAGGAACCUAAUGGAUCAAUUACCCUGCUGUAUGUCCUGAACAUUGUUUGGGUCUGAAAACUGUUCUAAAAUAAUUAAAUUGGGACAAAAAUGUGAAAGUGACACGGGACUCCAAGCAGCCUGAGAAGCAGUUUCCAAUUAGUUGUUUCACAACUGGGAAGAAGCACUUUUAGAUUUUAGUUGGGCCUCCAGGAAAGGCACCUCCCCACUGAAGGAUUAAAAUGAGUGCCCCGUUGGUUCCCAACAAGUCAUGUUAUACUCAGGUGCAAGACAACAGAAAUGGAGUGAAAAACAAUAAUGAAAGCCUCCCUAGUGGGGGAGAUACAAAUGCCAACCAAAUCACAUCAGAGGUGAGUCCCUCUGUUGGUGAGACUAAGAGAUGUAGUCUUAUGGAAGAAAUCGGAAAUGGAAACCUAGGUGGGCCAGAGGCAAUCACCCAACUUCACAAGGACUUUCACCAACUUCAGGGAUACAGUAAAGAAGCCCAGAGUGGCCACCUCAGUCUGAAGGAGUUGAAGGUUGCUUCUGCCACCCUGCACAGAGAUCGGAGAGAAGAGUACACAACGGAGGAAGCUGUCGAUGCCCUGUCAAUCCCUCAGCUGAUCCAGGGGCCAGAGCUAUCCAGUUUGAAAAAUGUUGUGCAUGGGGCCCACCCAGAGCAUCUAAGUGAUGCUGACAUUAUCCAGUGUGUGUCUAAAGAGAAAUUGGCCAAAACCCAGGGUAGCAAAGAACUGAAAAGGCAUUCUUUGGAAAGAGCAAGCAGCUUUCCUGCUAAAAUGGAAGCAUUCACAAAAGAGCAGGCCACCAGCUUGGCUCAUCCUGCUUUGCUUGAUUCUAUCGAAACAUCAUCACCUCAUGUUGCUAGUGGUACAGAGAAAUCACAGACGACAUCAACAGAUCCCCUUCUAAGGGCAACUUUUCAUCCAAAUGACAAUACCUCAGAGGAAAAGAUUGUGUUUUAUCCUAAACCAUCUACCUCAAAAACCAAGGAAACUCUUCUCCCAGAGACCCACUCAGAUGGGAGAAAUUCUCUGAAUAUUGGCAUUGAAAGCACACCCCACCCUGCACACAGAGAUUCUCCUCUCAUUUUCACCACAGCACCUGGGAGAAUCUUGAAUAAACCAGAAGCACAAUUAGGUCAGGGAGAGGAGGGGCCCAAACUGGGGGUGAAAAAUGUACUGUCCUUGCAGCCUGAGAUUGCUUGGGAGCAAAAAAUGCUCCGAGUUGAAUGCCUAGACUUGCCGAAGGUAGAAAGCAUGGUGACACUGGAGAAGAAAGGAUGGCCUGAGGAAAAAGAGGGAGGUACUGGGCCUCACCUUCAGGGCCCAGGUGAGGAAACAGUGGAUCCUGUCAUAAAUCAAGCAACUUAUACAGACAAUAGUCAAGUACUUUUGGAGUCAGGGAGAGGAAGUAGUGACAAAGAGAAGAGAAAUACCCUGUGUGAUGAAGUUUCAGUAGCUACUGCCCAGAAAGUGGAGUCCAUUCUCCCUAUUGCCUCAGGGACUCACAGUGAGCACCUCAAUGGUGAAGGUAUGCUAGCCACAGCUAUGUGCUUAGAUGAAGCUGUUCCCAUAGUUGAUGGUCAUGCAACAUUUACUCCUGACAGUCUAACUGAAAGCAAGCCCUUAAAUGUUAAUGAGAAUAAAGGCAUGGUAGUUGGAGGAACCAUCACAGCCUCAGCUCUGGACCUUUUGGGCCAAGCAAAUGGUGAAACUGAGCACCCCACUCAUCAGGAGAGUGAUUUAGAAGCAAAGAAGGAUCAUCAGACUGCUAAUGAAGCAGCCAAUGGGAUGGAGACAGUCGCAGAAAGAACAGCUGGCUUCCUUGGUGUUCCUAAAUCAUCCCAGGCAGGGCCAGCUGCGGAGAUGAGCCACCAGCCCAUACCAUCCAAGAGCAGGGUGAAGGACCCUGACUCAUUUCACAGUGACACAGUGUCAUCUUCCACCCUGCCUCCCACUGACAGUGCGCAGUCACUGAAUAUGUCUUCUAAAGUGCCUAAUAAGACUGCUUGCAACAGCGGGAUUCCCAAGCCAAUCCUGGGGCAUUCCAAGGACUCCCCUCCCAUCCAGGGAGAGAUUGAGAGGGACUUUGUAGAGAAACCUGAAGAAAAGAUGGAAACAGAGCCCAUUCUCAUCCCCAAACCCAAACACGUCAGACCCAAAAUCAUCACUUACAUCAGGAGGAAUCCUCAGAAUCUUGGCCAGGUGGAUUCUUCUUUGGUUCCAAUGGGGGUCCCUUAUACCCCUCCAGCAUGUGCUAUGCCCCUGCCAAAAGAUCAGAAGACAGCAAAUGGUGAGCUCAAACCAGCCACUACUCUCUAUGAAAAGUUUAAGCCAGACUUGCAGAAACCAAGAAUCUUCAGUUCUGGAUUGAUGGUUUCGGGAAUCAGGCCUCCAGGACAUCACUUUAGUCAAAUGAGUGAGAAGUUUUUGCAAGAGGUUGCAGACAGACCUGGGAAAGAAGAAUUUUGUUCCCCCCCAUACACCCAUUAUGAAGUACCUCCAACUUUCUACAGAUCUGCCAUGCUUCUUAAACCCCAGCUAGGAUUGGGUGCGAUGUCCCGGCUGCCAUCUACUAAGAGCAGGAUUCUAAUUGCAAGUCAGAGGUCUUCAAGUACUUCUCUUCAUCCGCCAGGACCAAUUGGAAGUGCUACCAAUCUCUAUCAUUCUGAUGCUUCAGCUGAUUUGAAGAAAGCCUCCAGUUCAAAUGCUGUAAGAGCCAAUCUCCCCAAAUCUGGACUUCGUCCUCCCGGAUAUUCCCGUCUCCCUGCUGCCAAAUUGGCAGCAUUUGGUUUUGUCAGGAGUUCCAGCAUCUCUUCUGCCUCCAGCAACCAGUCAGCAGACAGUGUCCAGAGUGAUCAGAACAAAACAUCACACCGUUCCAGCUUUGUAAAUGAAGACCAGCCUCCUCCAAAGACAGCUGUGCUUUCUAAAGAUGCACCCAAGGGAGCCAGUAGGACCACAGCACAAGCAGCGAACAUCGUGACCACUCCCCGCCGGAGUUUGCUUCCUGCACCAAAAUCAACUUCCACUCCUGCUGGUUCAAAGAAGGAAGUGCAAAAAGAUCAAGAAGUAAAUAAGCCUGCUGUUUCGUCCCCUAAAAGACUGGCAGCUUCAGCCACGAAACUUCACUCACCAGGAUACCCAAAACAAAGGGCUGCCAUUCCAAGAAACGGGUUUGCCACCAAACCAGAUCUACAGGCUCGGGAGGCAGAAAGACAAUUUGUUCAGCGACUGAAGGAAAGGUGUGAAGAACAAGCCAAGCAGCUCAGCUGUAUUCAGGGAGAAUUGAAAAGGGCCAUUCGAGGCUUCGAGGUUUUUGCUGUUUCUACUCAGCAUUUCUUUGGGAAGAAUGAAAGUGCCCUUGUGAAAGAAAAAGAGCUGUCAAUCGAACUUGCAAACAUCAGGGAUGAAGUUGCCUUCAAUACAGCCAAAUGUGAGAAAUUACAAAAAGAGAAAGAGGACCUGGAGAGAAGGUUUGAGGACGAGGUGAAGAGACUUCGUUGGCAGCAGCAGGCUGAGCUUCAGGACCUGGAGGAAAGGUUGCAGCAGCAGUAUGUGGGAGAGGUGAAACGCCUGCAGGAGGAACACCGGAUGCAGCUAGCCAGGCUCAAGUGUCAGCACCAGGAGCAGGUAGAAGAUAUCUCAGCUACCCACGAGGCUACCUUGUUAGAGAUGGAAAACAACCACUCUGUUGCCAUUGCCGUCCUGCAAGAUGACCAUGAACACAAAGUUCAAGAACUGAUGUCUGCCCAUGAGCUUGAAAAGAAGGAAUUGGAAGACAGUUUUGAAAAACUGCGGCUGUCACUGCAGGACCAGGUGGACACCCUCACCUUUCAGAGCCACUCUCUCCGGGACCGAGCCAAGCGAUUUGAGGAGGCUUUGAGAAGAAACACGGAGGAGCAGCUGGAGGUUGCACUAGCUCCCUACCAGCACUUGGAAGAAGACAUGAACAGUCUGAAGCAAGUAUUGGAGAUGAAGAAUCAGCAGAUCCAUCAACAGGAAAAGAAGAUCAUAGAGCUGGAAAAACUGGCUGAAAAGAAUAUUAUCCUGGAAGAAAAAAUCCAAGUGCUCCAACAGCAAAAUGAAGACCUCAAAGCAAGAAUUGACCAGAACACUGUGGUCACAAGACAGUUAUCUGAGGAAAAUGCUAAUCUUCAGGAGUAUGUGGAAAAAGAAACGAAGGAGAAGAAGAGGCUAAGUAGAACCAAUGAGGAGCUGCUUUGGAAACUCCAAACUGGGGACCCCACCAGCCCCAUUAAACUCUCUCCCACGUCCCCCAUUUACCGCUCUUCCUCGGGGCCUCCAUCGCCAGCCAAGAUGAGCACAGCUCCAAGAUGACAGCGCCACUCCAUGCAGUCUCCAGAUGCCCCCCAGCUUCUCGGAUCCCUGAGCGUUUUCAUCCUAAAGAGAGUGUUAGUGAGAAUAGGGGAUACCUGAGGCCUGCUGCUGCCUGCAUGCUUGGUAGCAGCCUUCCUGUGUCCUAGACGGCGGGCUCUUCUCCUCCCAGUGUACGAAAUUUUUGGUCUUGGCGCUCCCGUGUCCUCAAAAAGUGUAACCCUGGUAGUCUGGCGUGCAAACUUUUUAUUUUUAUUUUUUUAUUUUUACUAUAGUUAGAGCCAAAAGACAGAAAGCUCUGAUGACUGAUUGUCCUUCUAAGGUGAACUUUCACUGCAAUAUUUCAGGUUAGUUACAAACAGUUUGAUUUGGAAUUGACCCUCGUGUAUGUACCACAUCAAGACAUGUAUAUCUCUAGACAUGUAUACGGAUAUCCUUGCAGCUGUUCUGAAUUGCAUUUUUUUAUAACGCUAAGUGCUGAUAUAUUUUAAUGAUAGUCAGCAGUUUUCUAACUUGUGCCUAAGAAUUAUAACUAAAUUAGAUGCAUUUCUGUCUAGCCUCCCAGGAAUAUUUCUACCCAAAAGAGAAAAAGAAAAAAAAAAAAAAGCAAGAAAAAAAAAGCGCCUUCAGCCAACCACCAAGUGGUAACCCUGUUUAACAUGAACACCAGCGAUUUGUGAUAUGGUAACUGCCU